CAAAAGCGACCUCACGGCGUGCACCACUGGAGAGAGCAGACGAGACGAGAGUGAUACUGACAACAUGAACCGGGUGGGUACCUUGGUGCCACGCAGAUGUGGAAUGACGUCAAGAAAUUUGGAGCCGAAUUGUGUUUGGGAUCCCAUCCGAAACCAGAUCAUUCGAUUUUGUCCCACUGAUUUCAGGGCACGCCCCAGGCCUUCUGAUGGAUUAGAUGAACUCCUCUACAUUGAUAUUGACAAAAUGUACCAGUGGGCUGAGGAUGACGGUGAUCUGCCACUUGGGGUUGGUCGACUGGAUCUCUCUGAGCCGGUCAGUGGUAGGCGAUAUGUCAUGUACCACGGCACCACCAGUCAGGCUGCUCGGUCCAUCAUGGCCACAGGUUUUCAGCAGUCUGCAGGCGGGAUGCUCGGCCCCGGUGUCUACCUCAGCAGAGUCCUGGAUAAAGCCAGCCGCUACCCCAUCAAACAUCCUGAGCACGACAGGGUCGUCAUUAAGGUCGUGGUCAAUGUGGGGAGAGUGAUCGCCAUCAAUUAUCAGGGCCACCCGCGUCAGAACUGGCACGACUACAGAUACGGCGAGGUGUUUGACACCGCCUGGGUGCCACCCAGAUGUGGAAUGGUGUCAAGCGGUUUGGAGGAGGAUUGUGUCUGGGAUCCCAAUCGAAUCCAGAUCAUUAGUGCCAUCAAACCACGCCCUAUGCAGCCUUCUGCUGGAUACGGUGCAUACGGCUACAUUGACAGUAAUCCAGACAUCAUCAUGCAGUGGGCUGAAAAUGACUUUGACCUGCCCCCUGGGGUCGUUCGACUCGGUCUCUCUGCGCCAGUUAAUGGUAAAAAGUACGUCAUGUACCACGGCACCACCAGUGAGGCUGCUCGGUCCAUCAUGGCCAAAGGUUUUCAGCAGUCUUCAGGUGGGAUGCUCGGGCCCGGCGUCUACCUCAGCAGAGACCUGAAUAAAGCCAGCCGCUAUCCCAUCGAUCAUCCUGAGCAUGACAGGGUCGUCAUUAAGGUUGUGGUCAAUGUGGGGAGAGUGAUCGCCAUCAAUCGUCAGGGCCACCCACGCCAGAAAACCUGGCAUGACUCCAGAUAUGGGGAGGUGUUUGACACCGCCUGGGUGCCACCAAAUUGUGGAAUGGUGCCAAGUGGUUUGGAGGAGGAUUGUGUCUGGGAUCCCAGUCGAAUCAAGAUCAAUGGUGCCAUCAAACCAAGUGCCCCAGCCCAGGGUGGAUGGGGUGCACGAGGCUACAUUGACAGUAAUCCAGACAUCAUCAUGCAGUGGGCUGAAAAUGACUUUGACCUGCCCCCUGGGGUCGUUCGACUCGGUCUCUCUGCGCCAGUUAAUGGUAAAAAGUACGUCAUGUACCACGGCACCACCAGUGAGGCUGCUCGGUCCAUCAUGGCCAAAGGUUUUCAGCAGUCUUCAGGUGGGAUGCUCGGGCCCGGCGUCUACCUCAGCAGAGACCUGGAGAAAGCUAGACGCUAUCCCAUCGAUCAUCCUGAGCAUGACAGGGUCGUCAUUAAGGUCGUGGUCAAUGUGGGCAAAGUGAUCGCCAUCAAUUAUCAGGGCCACCCACGCCAGAAAACCUGGCAUGAUUCCAGAUAUGGGGAGGUGUUUGACACCGCCUGGGUGCCACCAAAUUGUGGAAUGGUGCCAAGUGGUUUGGAGGAGGAUUGUGUCUGGGAUCCCAGUCGAAUCAAGAUCAAUGGUGCCAUCAAACCAAGUGCCCCAGCCCAGGGUGGAUGGGGUGCACGAGGCUACAUGUGAGCUCUAAGAGAUGAUACCAAUUUUAUUUGAAUGGUCAAAUGUAUUUUUAUAUAUUUGUAUAAUGAAUCAAGACAUUGCAUUUUGUAUCACUGCCAAAUGUAACCCUUAAAAUAAAUUGGUUCCAUAAAAUCAG